CGUUGGAUCACUAAUUCGUAUCUUAGAGCGCGUCCUCGUUUCGGAUCCCAUCUUGCUUCUUCGUUUCCUUCGAUAAAAAUCCAAUCUUUGUUCGUUUCUUCCAUCAUCCUCUUCCUUCUCGGAUCGAUUGGCCAUGGAUCUGUGGCAGCGGGCGAAGGGCUUCGCCGAGGAGGCGGCGAAGCGGUCGCAGGAGAUCUCCAAGGAGGCGGCGAAGCGGUCGCAGGAGCUCACCAAGGGGGCCGCCAGGUUCUCGCAGGAGUUCGUCUCCGAGACGGCCAAGAAAUCCAAGGAGAUCGCUUCGGAGGCUGCCAAGAAGGCGGACCUGCUCCGGUCCGAGGCCCUCCGCGCCGCCGAACAGAUCAAGACCCUCGCGGUCGACAUCCCCAUCCCGAUGCCGCCCACCCUGGGCCAGGGGUCCAAUGCGGCUGUUGUCCCUGAACCCAGGUCGGAUCUCGAGAGGUUCGGGGUCACCGAAGAGCUGAGGGAGUUCGUGAAGGGGAUCACGAUCAGUACUUUCAGGGAUUUCCCCAUGCAAGAUGAGCCGGAGACAUCAGACGUUCCCACUGUGUCGAAUGUGAGGCAGGAUCUUAGUGAAUGGCAAGCAAGACAUGCUACCCUUGUUCUGUCAACAGUGAAGGAAAUAUCAAAUUUCAGGUAUGAACUGUGCCCACGAUAUAUGAAGGAAAGAAAAUUCUGGCGGAUAUAUUUUAUUCUUGUGGAUAGUCAUGUGGCUCUCUACGAAAAGCAGUACAUGGAGGAGUUGAAGAAGAAAGAAGAACAAAAGCAAAUUGAUAGUGUCAAGGAAAAUCCAACAGCUCUCCCACCUACUUUACCAGACGCAAAAGAAACGAUACUGCCAAAAUCUUCUACCUCACUAACUGCAGAAGAUUUGGAUGCAUUUCUUCUUGGAGAUCUUGGAAGUGAUGAUGAGGGUCUCGAUGAUGGCAAAGAUGGUUUGGAUGAUGAUUUUGAUAAGAUUGGGAGCACCUCGGGUUUAGAUAGUGAUAGUGAGAAAAUCUAAUCAGCAACUCAGCUCGGCCAAUGCGGAUGGGAACUUGAACAUGAGCUUUCUCAGUUUCUACAUAGUACAGUGUUUGCUUUCUUAGUCUAUAACAGUGCUUCAUUGUUGUACAUCUAAUCUCUUAUAUGUUAUAUGUCCUUCAAAUUUCUUUCAGCCUGUGUACAAUAAUUCUGAUAUUUAUCUCCUUUCCUUCCAACCUCAGCUUGUACUGUUCAUGAAUGAUAUCAAUGUUUCUUGUAAUUGUACUGUGAAUUGGUAGUAAAUGAGUAUUCUCCUUCUGCAA